AUGAAACGAACUUUUCAUUCAUCGAACGCUGCUCCUCAAAAUUCACAUCAACACGAAGGAAAUCUCUCCUCUAUCAAUGAAAGUAUUUACAGCACUCGAAAACGAAAUUCAAGUGCUGUUCCUUCAGUUGUGUCUUCUUUGUAUUGCACAAGCAAUGACAAUUCACAAAUGUCCACUGUUGCAAAUGAGAGUGGAGCAACAACUAUAGACACAGCCUUGACCUCAAUAACACUAAGCCACACGCAGACUCAGAACCAACAACAGCAUCAUGAAGAAACACAUGUGUUGGAUGUGAGUGUUCAUGGGGGAACCAACUCUUCAUUAAACAUGACCUCGAGUCCAGCAGAAAUUAGCAGUGAGAAUUCUCAGGUUUGA